AUGUCUUCAAUUAAUGACCUCGCGACUGCUGCAAUUACUGGCAAUGGCCCAGAUGAGUCUACUCAUAGAGGCGCAUUUAUCGUCCUGGAGGGAUUGGACAGAAGCGGAAAAACAACACAGGUGAAGCUGUUGGAGCAGAGAUUUGUAGAAGAGGGUAAAAAGGUCAAGGUUAUGAGAUUCCCUGACCGCACUACACCUAUUGGUCAAAUGAUUGAUGCCUACCUCAAGAGCGACGUAGAGAUGGAGGAUCAUGUUAUUCAUCUCCUCUUUAGCGCAAACCGAUGGGAAGCUGUCAAACAAAUUCAAUCCCUUUUGGCUUCAGGAACAACCAUUCUCUGCGACCGAUACUAUCACUCAGGAAUUGUCUACUCAGCCGCCAAGCAAAACCCCUCUUUGACCCUCCCUUGGGCCCGCGCACCUGAACGCGGUCUACCCCGACCUGACCUUGUCCUCUUUCUUGACCUGACCGAAGAGCAGGCCCAGGCGAGGGGCGGAUGGGGUGGAGAAGUUUACGAGCGAUCCGACAUGCAGAAGCGCGUGCGGGAAUUGUUCUGGGGACUUAGCAUGGGUGGAAAGGAUGCUGCGGCACAGGGACUUGGUUUAGACGAGGGUGAGGGAUGGACACAAGAGGAGGAGGAUCUCAUGGUUGUUGAUGCGGGGGGGAGUGUGGAGGAGGUAGCUGAGGAGGUUUGGAACAAGGUUAGAGGAAGGGUUGAGCAGGUAGAGAGGGGUGAAGUUGGGAGAAGUGUAAGGGUUGUGAGGUAA